GUACUCAGAAAGUGUUGGCCCAAAACGGCAAGCACGGCUCCGCUAGAAACAGCCAACAGAACAACCAACGACCUCGUACAGAACCCGCGAUUGGUCGAGGUCGAAAUCUCGAAGGCGAGAAAUAAAUUGAAACUGAAGCAGCAUAUCAUAUGAUUCCACGAUGGAAGUGUCUGCAUCAGCAUCAAGGAGGAGGAACAACAGCAUAUGCAUAAAAAUCUCGUUGCUUAUUCUCGUAAUCUUUCACUUUUCAUCCACAAUCACUGCUAUCAGGAAAGAUGUUGGCUUUCAAAUCAUUCAUCCCUGCAAAACCACCGUUCAAGGAAGAUACCUCCUUUCAGAUGAUAACGGUUAUGUGUGUAAUGCCGCGUCUGUUAAUUCACGCUCUCGAUGCUGCCCUCAAAGAGGGGAGAAAUUCUCUUGCCAUGGAUGCAACCUUCUUUCACAAUGUUGCAACUCUUAUGAAUAUUGUGUUUCCUGCUGCCUCAAUCCUGCUUUAAUAAGUAAGGAACAAGUGCUGAAGAUGAAGGUUGCCAAGCCUACUACUGCGAGGACUUAUUCAAGUGUUUUUGACUACUGUGCUGGGAGAUGCCGUCAUAGUUCUGAGAGUGUGGUCCAUGAAAAUGCUUAUAUUAGUGACUUCCACCACUGCUUUUCUCUGUCAUCAAAUUCUUCUGCAGGGAAAAAUAGUACUCUCACAGAAGCAAGACUGAGUGGCAUCAAUGUUGUUGUUGGGAGGCAAGGUGAAUCAUGUAAUUCAGUUUGCAAAUCAAGAGGACAAUCAUGUGUCCCAAAUAAACUUGUGGUGCUUAAUAGUUGUGACAUUAUUCAGAAAUAUAUGAGCUGCAAGGGAUCUUGCUUGGCAAGUGUCGGAGCUGAUCAACCUGCUGAAGUUGUUUAUGAUGCCCCAGUGCAUCUGAAUCCAGGAUCAUGUUUGUACACUGAAACACAGUCUAUACUUUCUUGUGAUGGUUUACAUCAGCACACAAGAAGACUGUGCCCCUGUGCAUAGUGUUAGCUGGUAGAUUUCGUUGCACUAAAAAGGUUGGUUUCAAAGGUGGCAACUCUUGAUUUGAUGUACUGACCAAGAAGGCAACUUGUGUAAAUCAUCAACCCUUGGAAAUUAUAUGUACCAUCCAUUUGCCCUCAUGUUGUAAAAUUUAGCUCAUUAUUAUUCCUUUCCAAAUUUUGUAAGAACUCUACUUUAGUCUGUAUUUGGAAGUUUUGGAGAGAAUCUUAUAGAGAUAGAAUAGUAGGAAAGGAAAAUAGGCCAAAUGGCUUAUAAACAGAGGCUGCUUUCCUCAUUUUGAAUGGACUAUCAUUGGAGGGAAUGAGAAGGCAAAAUGUUGUAAGUAUAAAAUUGGUAUUUGUGAUCAAUGUAAAAACUUUUACAUUGUGUACUAAUCAUAAUAGUUAUUAUAAAUGUCAAUAUAUUUAUCA